CAAAUGUGCGGUAGGUGAAACAGUGGCUGCAGUCUGACGCCACCGAGGCGCUGGACAGUGGCAUCGUGCAAUAUGUCUGGUACAAGGCGCUUAGGUACACGGCUUGCAGAUGUGUGUCAACAUUCUAGGAAGGCAGUCGGUUCUCGGUUGGCCUUAUGAUUAAUGGCGUGUGCCCUUGACUGGACAGUGUGGUCCGAUCUGGAGACUUGGAACAUCGUGGCUCAGAACUUUUCAACAUUCAAUCGUCGUCAGCCUAUGCCCUCAACUGAUAGAUAGACAUAACAACAAACGAUCAGAACUCAUGAUGGCUAGCACUGGCAUUGACCCAGAGAUUGUGAUAGGCAUCGACUUUGGAAUGACAUGCACUGGCGUUGCGUACUCUGUGGCUCCAGAGUGGUCCCAACCAACAACAAUUCAACACUGGCCUGGUAAACUCGGCUUCGAAACUCGCAACAAAGUCGACACAGUGCUCGCAUACAAACCUGAGGGUGGUAAACCAGUGUCUUGGGGCUUUCUUGUCGACCAUAACCGAGACGACUUGAUUCUUCAGGAGCUGUUCAAACUAUGGCUUGAUCCCGGGUAUCGAGAAGAGCCAGAUAGUCAGGAGUCUGGUAUCACAAUUCAAGAAGCACGUGCAUCGUUCGUGGAUUACAUGCGCUGCUUGUACGAAGCGAUCUUGGCCCAUUUUGACGAUAACUAUCCAAGAUGGCGAACCAGACAAGUGGAGUUUUUGUUUAGUGUGCCUACCACAUGGGAGACACCCAUCACAAUUGCCAACACCGAAGGGCUUCUCAGAGAGGCCGGUUUUGGCAGCGAGCCAGGGCAUGUCGCCAAAAUCUCCCUCACCGAAGCAGAGGCAGCCGCGGUCUAUGUCUCCAAACAAUCAUAUCAGGUAGGAGAUAUUUUCCUGGUUUGUGACGCAGGAGGUGGAACGACCGACAUCAAUGCGCUGAAGGUCAAAGAUAAUCGAUCUUUCCGUACAGAAUUGGAGCCUCUUCGCUCAGUCCAGGGAGAGGCAAUAGGAUCGACUCUCAUCGACUACAAGGUCGAGAGCAUAAUAGCUGAGAGGCUUGGGCGCAUAGCAAGGGUGCUGCGUGAAUCGCCUGACAGGGUAGCAAGAGGCAUGAUGUCGGACAGAUUCACGACCUACAAAUGUUCCUUUGGGUCCAAGCUACAGGAUGAGCUCGACCUGUUGCUACCAAUACCUGGAUUGUCUCCUGGCAUGAAUUACCCUGCUGCGCAUAUCCAAAAUUCGAUGAUGACCAUCACAAGAGACGAACUUCGAGUAGUGUUUGAUGAGAUGAUUGACCGAGUGUUCGCAUUGAUCGAUGGCGAAAUUCGAAAACUUCAGACGAGUCAUCCUGGUGAUAACAUAUCAUACCUAGUAGUCUCCGGAGGGUUUGGAAGCUCACCCUAUUUGAAACAACGGCUGAGAAAGCGAUAUGAGCUGAACGGACGCGACGAAUUGUUCAAUGCUCGUUCGAUCAGGAUUCUCUCGGCCAAAGAACCACAACUAGCUGUAUGUCAUGGUCUGGUUAUCAACAGAAUCCAAGAGCUCAAAACAAAAGUGAGUGUGUAUACAGAAAGAUGUUGCCGAAACAGCUACGGCAUCUUGGUGCGCCAAUUAUACGACCCUAUGCUGCAUCAAGGCGAGGAUAUCUGUCACGAUGGCCGAGAUAAGCAAAAGUGGGCAGAAAACCAAAUCCAUUGGCUUGUUCAAAAGGGGCAGCGAGUAUCUGUCAAGGAAGGAGUUACGCAUCCAUAUUGCCUAAAGCUCAAUAAAGGAUCUGAACAAAUCCCCUGGAGCACGCAGAUCGUCAUGUCAUCCAUAUCCGCCGAGCAUCUCCCACGAAGCAUCAAGCACCAAGGGGUCAAACCGCUUUGCGUGUUGGAGUCUUGCGUCGACUAUCAUGCACUCACACUCAAAAAUAAACACUGGUACAGUGUUGGUAGACAGUACUAUCGUGCGGAUUUUGAUAUGAAGGUUAUUGUAGGCCCUGCUGAUAUCAGAUUCGAGAUUUGGACAAGAGACGGACGGAUCAGUAAAUCGCAUGAGGAGAUAGAGGUAACUUGGGAUCCUCUCAUCACUGAAUAA